GGACUCAGCUAUCACUUCCCCUCACCCUUUCAAUCCAUCAUGACCAUUCACCACAUAGUCCUGUACAAGUUUAAGCCCGAGGUGACCCCAGAACAGAAGCAGGGCGUGAGGGACAACGUCAGCGCCCUUCCGUCGCAGAUACCUGCAAUCCAAAGCAUUAUCACUGGUGAAACGGUGUACAACCAUCUCGGACACGGCUUCGACGGGGGGGUCAUUCUCCUAUUCGAGAGUCGAGCCAAGUUGGCCGAGUAUCGCCCACACAAGGCGCUUGCUGAUUAUCAGGCGUUCUUGAAACCUUUGCUUGAAGAUCUACUCAUUUUUGAUAUCGAGUCAACCGCCUAGAGAGGAAACUAGUUUUAUAGAAUGUUGUGCUGCUCACGCAAGUGAUGGCUCAAGGUGCUGCGUAUAAUUCAGCUUCGGGUCGCGACCCUUGAAAUAAAACGUAUUGUUUGAUACGCAGGUGGCUGGAUCAACUGAAUUCGUAACUAUGAGCAUUCACAUCAUUCGUGAGUCAGAAUGCGUACACCUGAUUGAUGCAUGAUGCAUGGCGGCUCUAGUCGACGCAAAAACGGCAUUUCUUUGCGAAAGCUGAUAGUGCCCACCAUUUAGGGGCUCAUGUCGGUGCCCAACAUACGCUGGAGUGAGCGCCGGGAGUCACGAUGCUUCUU